CAACAGCACAAUGGCCUCCACCGCGACUUCGGUCCUCGCCCUCUGGCUGCUGUGUGCCCCCCGCGCUGAAGCCGCCCUUGAGGAAAUCGAAGCCACGCCCACCAACACCAACGGCAUCGAGAUAGGAGAACUAUCCUUCAUGCAGCUUCUCCUGCUCAUGCUGGUGUUCCUAAAGCUCGUGACCCUCUAUUCCCUGGGUGUUCUGCCGAUCGAAAUCGACCUCGGGGCGAGCUUCACAGGCUUCACCAGCGAGAGAGGGCUGGUCGACAAAGACGCCGAGAUGUCAACGUACCUGCUGGAUUGUCCUCUGCAGUUCGUGUGUGAUGUAGACGCCUGGGCAAACCGAGACCAUGAUUACUACCUUGAGAGCCUCGUCGCGUCGUGGUUCAGGAACUCGAACCACACGUGGCAGAGACCGGACAGCGAGGUGUACGGAGGACGAGGCACAUGCAAGGAGAUGUAUCCAUGUCCGUUCGACGUGCAGGAGGUCGUUGGCAUUCGCAUCCCGGGCUCGAAUGCACUUUCUGGCACCGAGGAAGAGUCCUACUCCUUCUUCUAAGCGAGGAUGCACGUUGAGGAUGAUGGUAUUCCAGAAGAGGUUCCUUUCUCCUGAAGUCUCCGCCGCGUCCAUCUGUCCGAUAUGGCUCUUGUGAAUCCAGAUGGGGAGCUUAACGUAAUGAAUAAGCUGUCUGCAAAUAAGGCAUUUACUGUAAAGAUGACUCACAGUCCAUUAGAUACGUAAGCUUUUGAACUCUAUGGAGGGUGUUAAGCCUUGCAAAGGAGCAACAACGGGAAGAACGGGAAAACGCACGAAUUCGCCGAAGGCCCUUUUGCUGUAUUGCUUUUAAAGGUCUUAGCUUGUUCUUCCCUUCGCUGUUCCUAUUGCAAUUUGUUCAACAUGAAUUCCGCACGAGCUAAGCCUUAUAUUUCCGUGACAAGGAGUGGUUUUCCUUUGUUGCAUUAUGGCUUAGAAUUGAUACCUCUUGUAUUAUUAUUAUAUUUUUAGUUGUCUUUGACGUUUUCUUUCUCUCUCCUUCCGUUUUUCUAUUGUCUUUUUAGCUUUUAAAGUGACUUCUUUUCAAUGCCCUUUUCUGGAUCUUUGUCUUCUCUUUUUUCCUCUUGUCUUACCAUCCUCUUUUUAUUCAUUUUUAUCUGUUUCCUAGCAGUAGAAUGGCAUUUUCAUAGGAACAUAUCCAAGGCAUUAUCUCGCAGUCAUCAUCUCACUGGCGAAAACAUGUUCAUACCUUUCGUUUCACAUUAAGAACACACAGAUCUGCAUUUCUCCAGUUACAAUCAUAAGCUAAGGUGGGCAUCGCAACGUGUCCUACACAUGUAUAUAACAACCAUUUCCUCUGCCAAUGUAUGUUACGGUGAUUUAAACAGUUUGAAUAGCCUUUAUCAUAUAGUAGUGUUUGGCAUACACAUUGGGCUUGUAAUAUGACUCAUUAAUUAGAGGAACUUUACCUGUAUGUAGCACUGAUUUUCACGUGCUUAUGUGACAUAUUACAUCAGUUUUUCACCUUGUCUCUUCAUAUUGAUAUAUUCAUUUGCCUUUUAGUUUUCGAAUAUAUAUAUGUCAAAGAUGUAUGGGUGAUAUGUCAGGUACAUGUCAGUUACGUUUAUGCGACAUAGGUUUGCAUAUAUCUUUUGUAUGAUAAAUAUCCUGGUUCAUGUAUAAAUUGUGGUAUAUUGAAACUAAGUGAAUGGAUAAUGUGAACAUUUGAUAUUUGUUUCAAAGAAAAUGAUCUAGACAUAUGAUAUUUUCAUAUAUAAAUAUAUGUCA